AUGCGCCUCUGCGCACCCGCGCGUCGUCUCGCGCCUUUUCCUUCCUCGUUUACUUCAAAUUCUUCUUCGCGGGAAACGAGGGAAAGUCGUAAACGUCGCUCGAAGUCGUCUUCGCCGUCGUCGUUCAAAGACGACGACGGGUGCGGCGUUUUGGACGACGACGACUCGAAGGUGCGGUGCAUCGCUCUGCCCGCCGACGACGACGAGAAAGUCGACGCGUUUCUCUCAAAGACGAGAAUAGACGCAGAAGAAGAAGAUGGUCCGGGAACGUUCGCGCUACUGACGCGGAUGAAGAAAGAAGACGAGUGGACGAGAGUGCACGUGCAGUCGACGAAAGCGUUGAAACGUGACAUUUUAAGCGCGACGACGAUGUUGAAGGCGCGAAGAAGAACAACGACGACGACGAGUGAUGAUGAUACGGAUGAAAAGAGUCGCUCGAGGUUCGUUGUUGCGUAUAAGCAGCUCCCGAUUGGCGCGAGGAAGAAAAUGUUUAAAGACGCCGAGAGGUAUUUCGAGGAGAGGUUUGCUUCGUCGUCGUCGACGACGGUGGCCGGGAGAGGCGAGGAUGACGGUGAGGAUGAUGGGAGCCGUGAUGAUGGUGAUGUUAAGAAUAGUAAGAGCUUUGACACUCCAACGACUGCUCAAACGUUGUUAUUCUCGUCGGAACAUGUUGAACAGCUCGAGGCGUUUGGUUUCGUCGUUCUCGACGACGUCGUUCCGGAACAGGCCGUUCGCCAAAUGUACGAACAAUGCGAGUCUCUGGCGGAUAAACUUUUCCCAGUCAACCAAGAGGGAAGAGACGACGAUUUAGCGAGCAUCAAAAUUGAUAUCGAGAAUCCUACGGCGUCGCCGUUGAAUGUAGCGGGAACGUUUCUGUGGUCGUUGCCGCGGAAACUUUGCGAAGUUUCCUCCUCGUCGUCAAUAUCUCCUCCAAAAUGCGCGCUCGCCGCUCGCGAACGCGCCGAAAACACCGCGUACCCAAAGUUUGCGCAACUCGCGAAGUACGACAAACAAGGCGCUCGAUACGACCCGCACGUGGAUUACGAUCCGAACAACGCGGAAGGCCCGGAAGGCUCUCGCAUUUGCGAACGAAACUUAACCGCCAUUUUAUACUUCAACCUCGGAUACGAAACCGAAGCCGAAGGGUGCUUGCGCGUGUUUCUAAACCAAAAACAACAAGAACAAGACGAAGAACAAGAAGAAGACAAAGAACGAGGAGGAGAACAACAGGAAAAUUUUCUCGACAUCCAACCGCUUCCCGGUCGUCUCGUCCUCUUCGAUUCGCGCAGGAUUUUGCACGGCGUCGCGCCCUCGUUUAAAAGAAGAUGGGCGAUGACCGUUUGGUCGUGA